CAAAAUGGCCAAGUUCGUGGUGGCAGGUAGAGCAAACUGUCCUUAUUAUGCCAAGGCAGAAUUUGUGGCAGAAUAUCUUCAGAAAAAUUUGCCAGAUUUCCAGGUCCAUAAAAUUGUCCAAGCACCCGAAAAUUGGCAGCCAUGGCUUCAAGCGUUGUGCAAAAAAAAUAACUGGGUGCAUGAACACUCCCCAAUUAUAUGGCGAGAGCUUGUGGACCGUGGUGGAAAGGGAUUACUAUUGGGUGGAUUCAAUGAGUUUAUGGAGUAUGCACAGGGUUAUUAUGGUUUUACUUCCGAAAUGACGACUGCACUCAUGAUAAAGAUUGCAAGGGAGAACUUGAAGGCUAACCAAAGCGAGCAGGAUGAAGAAACAUUGUACAAGAAUCUGAUUAAACCAAUACCAAUCUGGAUUAGUGGAGUAUUGUGUCCUGCUGGUUUAAAUCUGAUCCCUACCUUGGCAAGUGGAGAAGUGUUUGGUCAAGGAAAAGAGGUCAGCUUACACCUGUUGCACGUUGAUGCCUCUUUAGAAUUAUUGGAACACUUACAAAUGGAGAUUGAAGAUAUGGUCUGGCCUCUGGUCCAUAAAGUAACAGUGCAAAACACCCUAAGAAAGGCUUUCAUGGAUGCCGAGGUCAUCGUUGUUCUCGACGAUAUGGAGCCAGCGGAGGGUCAAGCAAUUGAAGACUGCUACAAAGAUAUGACUAGUCUCUACCAAGAACUUGCCAUUAGAAUUGACACCUUUGCAAAAUCCAAUGCCCGUGUGCUUGUGGCUGGUGAUUACAUACUGAAUUUGAAAACAUACUUACUCAAGUAUAAUGCAUAUUCUAUUGAUCAUUGUAACUUUAUAGCAGUAUCAACUCAAUUGGAAGGAGAAGCUAAAGCAGUGCUAUCCAAGAAGUUGAACGUAAAUACCCAUGAUAUAAAAGAUGUGAUUCUGUGGGGAAAUCUUGGCAGAAGCGUAUAUAUUGAUCUGCAAAGAGCGCGUGUCAGUCAAUAUGAAAGUGCCAUCUGGGGACCACCUGAAUUCUCACGCCCACUACUGGAGAUACUGCACGAUAAGACUUGGAUAGAAGAAGAGUUCCUGGAAGAAGUAUAUUCUCGCCGACGAAAAAUCCGAGCAGGAUUGAAACAUAAACUGGGUAUCUCCGUUGCCGCUGCAAUACACAAUGUCUUGCAUUGGUGGUACUUCAACUCGCCACCUGGGGAGAUUGUAUCUCUUGGAGUCGUCAGUCAAGGUGAUUUCGAUAUUCCACCGGGCAUCGUCUUCUCCAUGCCAGUUCGAUUCUGUGGUGAAAAGUGGGUGAUUCAGUCACAGAUUGAGAUCAGUGAGGAGACAAAAAACAAACUGAAGUACAUUGCUCAAGAACUGAAGUUGGAGCAACAUUUAAAUUUCAUUCCCACGGAGGGAAGUGAGAUGGAAUCCAGUGCCUCAUAUGGUCCAGAUCUACUGUUUGAAGCAAAAAGUAUUGAAGAUGAGGACGAUCAGUCCUCUUUUAAAAGGAGGAUUCAGUUUUAAUAGGGGAACAGCAAUGAGGUUGUGAAUUGUACCAUAUUUGCUUUUCUCCAACUCCCCGACAUGUGACACUAACAGAACAGACAAUGGAAAGGGCUUCAUUCACUGAAAUGACAAUUGUCAUAUAUUACUUUGUUAAUUAAAGAAUAGAUCACA